AUGCCUCCCAUCCCGGUUUAUAGCUCCAGUCCUAUCAAUGCCUCCAAGGCUUCAGGUGUCACCCCCCACACGAAGCCACCGCCGGGGAACAAUGACCCAGCCCGGGACACACAGGCUCCAGAGACGACGACCUUGACGUCCGGUGGGCAGCCGUCGUAUCCUCCAGCCCAGCCGGGUGCGGUCCCAUCGUUGCCAGUCCAGACAGGUUUGCCGGUGCCGCCUCCGCCGCCGUCCAAGACGCAACCCACGCCCACACUGACCGCGGGUCGCCCACCGAGCCCGCCCUUGCCCCAGCCGGGUGCCGUUCCUCUACCCCCUGGCGGGUCGAAGCCUAUUCCCCCGCCACCGAGGGCAGGAGAAUCGCUGCUAUCCCCCCACGCGGCGACUUCCGCGCCUAUGCCGCCGCACAUGUCCUUUCAGCCGCCUGUAGCCUCACUGCCGAUCCAGGGCCGAACUUCGACGACGACGACGACGACGGCCGUGCCCGGCGCGGGCAUUGGCGGUGGCCCCUAUCCCGUGUCCCUGCGCGAAGUCGACGCCUCGGCGAGCUAUUCGCACCCACCGGGCUACCAGCAAGACGUUCACGCCUCCGAGUUUAGCAGCAGUCAAAGAGCAGCCCACGAUGCAGCCACCUCUCACGACGUAAGGCUGAUGUCUUCGUUCGGCCACGACGACCAAGCCGGAAUGUGGGACGCGGCCAAGAAAUGGGCAGCCGCAGCCGGAGAGAGCCUGGCAGCCGCGGAGAACGAGGUGUGGAAGCGGAUUAACAAGGACUAG